AUGGAGGCUGGAGAGGAUAAACAGUACAUUUCGUACAACAACAUCCAUCAGUUGUGCCAAAUGACCGCUGAAAGAAUCAAACUUUUUAAACCAGAUUUAAUCAUUGCCAUAGGAGGUGGUGGAUUCAUACCUUCCAGGAUCUUAAGAACUUUUUUAAAGGAACCGGGAGUCCCAACUAUAAGAAUUUUUGCUAUUAUCUUGUCGUUGUAUGAUGAUUUGACAUCAGCUGGUUCUGGUGUCGAGAAAGCGGGAGUUUCUAUAAAGAGGAUCCAAUGGAUUGAUUACGAACAAUGUAAAUUGAAUCUUGUUGGGAAGAGAGUUCUGAUCGUCGAUGAAGUCGACGAUACAAGGUCAACUUUACAUUAUGCAUUGUAUGAAUUGGAAAAAGAUGUAGCGGAUCAAGCUAAAGCACAAGGUAUCGAUUUGGAACAAAACCCUGAUUAUAAGACAAAAUUCGCUAUAUUUGUUUUGCAUGACAAACUGAAACCAAAGAAAGCUGAUUUACCUGAUGAAAUCAUUAAUGACAAAUAUCGUUAUUUUGCCGCAAGAACAGUCCCAGAUAAAUGGUACGCUUAUCCAUGGGAAUCUAAAGAUAUAGUAUACCAUACAAAGAUGGCCAUCAAACAGGGUAAUGAUAUCUUCUUACCGUGA